AAUGCCCUGGCUGAGCCAAUGGAUGAAACGCUCAAUUCCAAUAAGUCGGUCGGUAUUCAAGACAUUCGAAUGGAAAAUUUCGUGGAAAAACAGAAACUUCUGCAAUCAAAUCAAUCUGCGGAUGUCAUCACACAUACUUCAGAAGUGCAAAUUCUACCACCUAUCCUGAAAAUUUUGAUCGUAACGACGUGGCGAUCAGGCUCAACUUUCCUUGGAGAGAUCAUCAACUGUCUACCAGGUGUUUUUUAUUCGUACGAGCCAAUGUACUAUUUCGAAACCAACAAUGGAUCAAAAACAGAACUCAUCCGGUCGCUCUUUCAGUGCCAAUUUCCCCCUGAUUAUCUGAGUUUCGCCAAUGGACUGAAGGCACAUAGUCAGAAUUUCAUGUUAAUGAAUAAACGCAUCUGGGAAGCAUGUCAACAUAAUACCAUACUGUGCAAUCAACCCGAAUUUGUUGCCCAGCUAUGUUCUACCCUUCCCAUUCAUCUAAUGAAAACGGUCCGUUUACGAGUCAAAGAGCUUUCGCCGCUGCUGAUGGAAGAUCCAGCUUUUACCAAUUGGAAAAUCAUUUAUUUGGUCCGCGAUCCCCGUGGUGUAAUGUCAUCAAGAACCAAUUUACCUUGGUGUGUACCAGAUCCAGCGUGCAACGAUGCCGGCCGUCUAUGCAGUGAUGUGAAAGACGAUCUCGAAGAGCUAAAUCGGCUUCAGAAUUAUUUUCCUAAUCAACUUUACUUGUUAAAAUUUGAGGAUUUGUCCGCCAACGUAGAGACCGAAACAGCGAAAUUGUUUCGUUUUUUAGAAAUGCCUGUCAGUAAGUCAGUUAAAGUUUUUUUAGCUGGACACACGAAGUCGAACAAAACCAGGGACGAUCCAUUUUCAACGAUCAGGCAGUCAAAUGCGGUGGCAUCCGGAUGGCAAAAUAAAAUGUCUAGCGACCGGAUUGCAAACAUCACGGGUGUCUGUAUACCCACGCUUAAAAGGCUUGGCAUACUGUAGAUGUCUCCAAAACGUUUCGUUACCAAAAAAUGAAGUCAUGCAUAGCAAGAAAAUAAUUUCAUUCGAGAUGUGGGAUAAAGUUUAGUGGUCUACAAAGUAGGCGAAGCCCAAAAUGUCGGAAAAGGAUGAACAAUUACUUGUUUUUUUUUCCUUGUCCGUUGUUAUUUUGAAUCCA